AUGCCCGCCGCAUCCAGUUCCACCACGGCCUCGGCCUUCCUCUUUCCCGCCUUCAAAUACAUCCCUUCGAUCCCGACCGAAAUCGCCCCGACCACAGAGGGCAACACCGCAGAUCUAAAAACCUUCGUGCGCGCAUUCCUCCUCCCAGAGCGUCUGCAUCACCUGCACCACUCUCUUCCGCAUUCCAAACAAGCAGACAUGACGCGCGUCCCGGCCCUCACAUCACACUUCUCCGGCGCCAUGGACAUCAACUAUUCGCCGACAGUCCUGAUCUGUGGGCAUGGUGGCCGCGACAUGCGCUGCGGCGUGAUGGCGCCCGCGCUUGAGGCCGAGUUCCAGCGCGUGCUGCGCGCCUCUGGGUUUACUUCGGCUGGUAGCGAUGGCGGCGGCGUCGAUGGUCCGCACCAUGCGAACGUAGGCUUGAUCAGCCAUGUUGGUGGGCACAAGUAUGCUGGCAAUAUCAUUGUGUAUAUCCCGCCGAAGAUGACGGUGAGAGGAGCGUCUGCGGCUGCGGAGGCGGAGCCGCAUCCGCUGGCUGGGAAGGGGAUUUGGUAUGGGCGAGUUGAGCCGAAGCAUGUGCAGGGUAUUGUGGAUGAGACUGUUUUGAAAGGGAGAGUGGUUAAGGAUCAUUUCCGGGGAGGCAUUGAUAGGAGUGGGGAUAUCUUGAGGUUAUAA